AUGGAUGCGUUAGCCUCCUACGGUGGCUCGUCGGGUGGCGAAUCCGAUUCCCCACAAAAUUCACCAAGAUUAAUUGCAUCUUCUUCCUUGAUCCCAAGUGUUAAUCCAACAGCGCCGGUCGAAAUAAAGGAGGAUAUCCUCAAGCUCGUUCCCGUUGAUCCGCAUUCAAAUGAGUUGAUACACAACCCCCGCUAUGACCAGUUAUUUGCGCCUCAAGUUGGUCCUGAGAAUCCUUUUGCGUCAGAACGCCAAAAGGCACCCAAAAACAUGCUCACAGGUUUGGUUGAGCCAACGAAUAUUAACACAUUUACGUUUGAGAAUCAAUAUCGGACCUUUAUGAGAUAUGGCUAUUCCGACGAUCCCAGCGUUCUUGGUGUUAACAAAGGCAAAGUUGUUGGCUCUCCUGAGCGUGUUGAUGACUCGGAAGGUAAGACGGUGGCGGAGCGGAAGGGCACAAGUAAGCGGGAGAAACGUCCACGCGCCUACAAUUGGGAUCCCUCGAGUGAAGACUACACAGGUCCUUGGGCGAAGUACAAGGACGAGGUUACCAUUUCCGUGCCCUCGGAUGAGGACCGCGCCUACCUGGAGGCUUACCUGGCCAAGAAGGCAGUUAAGAAGAAGCGUGUGGAGGAGGCACCCAUGAGUGAAGAGAAGUCUACUCUGCACAUCUCUACACCCACAGACUACCAGGGCCGCUCUUUCCUGCAUCCACCUCACGACAUCCCUGGUGUCAGUUUGACAACAGAAGAACCACCAGAACGCUGCUUCUUACCCAAACGACUCAUUCACGAGUGGAGCAAUGCACACGCUCGUGGAGUGUCUGCUAUUCGUCUAUUUCCCAAAUCUGGCCAUCUUCUGCUCUCUGCUGGAAUGGACAGUAAAGUCAAGCUCUGGGAGCUGUACCAUGACCGUCGUCUAAUUCGCUCCUACAUGGGCCACCGGCAGGCUGUGCGUGACGUGACCUUCAAUACUGCGGGCACGCAAUUCCUCUCUGCUUCCUACGACCGUUUUAUCAAGCUGUGGGACACGGAAUCGGGCAAGUGCACGGGUCAGUUUAAUCUGAAAAAGGUGGCUUACUGUGUCAAAUUCAAUCCUGAUGAGGACAAGCAGCAUCUCUUCUUGGCUGGAUGCGCGGACAAGAAGAUCCUCUGUUACGAUGUGCGCAGCGGUGAGGUGGUGCAGCAAUACGAUCGCCACUUGGGUGCAGUCAACACGGUGACGUUUGUGGACAACAACCGACGCUUCGUCUCCACCUCCGAUGACAAGUCGUUGCGUGUGUGGGAAUGGGACAUCCCUGUGGAUUUCAAGUACCUCGCCGAUCCCUCCCUCCACUCCAUGCCUGCGGUCACUCUUUCGCCCAAUGGCAAGUACCUAUUAUGUCAGUCGCUAGACAACCAGAUAGUGGUGUUCAACGUCUUUGCCGGCUACAAGCGGAUGCGCAAAAAGCUCUUCCGCGGCCACACGGUUUCGGGCUACGCUUGCACGCCAGAUAUGUCGCCGGACCUGCGCUACAUUGUCUCGGGUGACGGUGAUGGGUUGAUCCACCUAUGGGAGUGGAAGACAACGCGCUUGCUCACCAAGUGGAAGGCGCACGACGCGGUGUGUAUCGAUCUCGCCUGGCUGCCUCAUGAGACCUCCAAGGUGGUCUCGGCGGGAUGGGACGGCGCCAUCAAACUGUGGGAUUAG